AUGAUCGCACUAAUCUGUCUGGCGAUGCUGCUUCCUGAAGUGGUUAACUCUGCUCAAGGUCACUAUGCCCAGAAGCUUCUGAAUGAUCUGAUGGAGAAUUAUUCCAGCGCCCUGCGGCCUGUGGAGGACACAGACAGAGCCCUCAACGUCACCUUACAGAUCACACUUUCUCAGAUCAAAGACAUGGAUGAGAGGAACCAGGUGCUGAUCGCCUAUCUGUGGAUUAGGCAGACGUGGAUCAAUGCUUACCUGAAGUGGAAAAAAGAGGACUAUGACGGACUUGAAGUCAUCCACAUCCCUAGCAGCCUGGUGUGGAGGCCUGUGUGUGUCUACUUUCUCUCCUCCUCCAGAGCUGACGAUGACUUCUCUGGGCCGAUGGACACCAACGUGAAACUGCGCUACAAUGGAGAGAUAACCUGGGAUGCUCCUGCCAUCACCAAGAGCUCCUGUGUGGUGGAUGUCUCCUACUUCCCCUUUGAUAGCCAGGAAUGUAACCUGACUUUUGGCUCCUGGACCUACAAUGGUAACCAGGUAGACAUCAUUAUGGGCAUGGACAGCGGUGACCUGUCAGACUUUGUAGAAAAUGUGGAAUGGGAGUGCCACGGGAUGCCGGCCACCAAGAAUGUCAUAAUGUAUGGCUGCUGCUCUGACCCAUAUCCAGACAUCACGUACACCUUGCUCCUGCAGCGCCGCUCCUCCUUCUACAUCUUCAACCUCCUCCUCCCCUGUUUCCUCAUCUCCUUUCUGGCUCCUCUGGGGUUCUACCUGCCUGCAGACUCUGGGGAGAAGGUUUCCCUCGGAGUGACGGUUCUUCUGGCUCUCACUGUGUUUCAGCUAAUGGUGGCUGAGAGCAUGCCUCCAUCAGAGAGUGUGCCGCUUAUAGGGAAGUACUAUAUUGCUACUAUGACCAUGGUCACAGCCUCCACAGCUCUCACCAUCUUCAUCAUGAACAUUCACUUCUGUGGUGCAGAGGCCAAACCAGUUCCCCACUGGGCAAAAGUCCUCAUCAUUGACUACAUGUCCAAGAUUUUCUUUGUGUAUGAGGUAGGUGAGAACUGUGCCUCUGCCUCCCAGGAUGACAUUCGUCACCAGCAUCUCAGCUCUCACAUUCAUGCGAAUGGAAAACCCAGGAGCCACAGUAGCCGAGAGGACAGGCAAAAUCACAAAUACCCCAGGCCCCAGACGCCCAAACCACAACACCAUCCCAAAGUGAAAGCCCAGCACCACAUCACGAGAAAAGAGAGGAGCCACCUCUCCAGCUUCGUACCUGGAAAGUAUGAAGGCUCUAAUGGUAAAAUCCCCACAGGUGACUGCUGUAAAGAGGACCAGAAGGUCCCCUCCAGCCCAGAAGAAAAAAAGGCUCCACCUCAAGGCCCCACUGUAUCCUUUAGCCCCUGCGUGUUCUGUUGCCACGGAAGUGGCAUCCCUGGUGUGGACACCAAGCUGGUGUGCAAUGUUGAGUAUAUCGCCAACUGUUUCCGAGAGCAGAGGGCCACAUGCGCCAAGGGGGCAGAAUGGAAGAAGAUUGCUAAGGUGAUGGACAGAUUCUUCAUGUGGAUCUUUUUCAUCAUGGUUUUUCUCAUGAGCAUCCUCAUCAUUGGCAAAGCACCAUGACCAAGCAGUGAUGCUACGGAUUUUUAAAUAUUUGACUGUAUAGUCAGA